UAUCCGAAUAACCAGCUUGGCCCUGCAGCAGAGCGGUGUAAGGCGGUAGGCUGCUGAUAUCAACCAAUUGAGCACGGGUCUACCGGCCAGCGCAGACCGGGGCACGAUGCCUGCUUCAUCCCAGUCCGCAAUGAGCACAUGGUCUCUGGAACCAAAGGACUGGAUCUGAUCUGCACCCCCCUCGCUGGUCGAGAUGGGAAUAUUCAGUACGCUAGUGGUCUUUUGUUCCACUCUAGAACGAGAGCCCCCGUCGUGUGAACCACGAGAAACGAGAAGCCUCAGACGAUUCCUGCGUACAAGGAAAUGGGACCCUUCGAAUGCAGAAACUCAGAAUGCAAGUCAGUGUGCCGUCGCUGUGGCUCUCAAAAAACAGAACGGCACCACCGGACCAACGAGAUCUCGCACCAAAGGUGCCGCCGGCGGCAUAGCGCCUAUCCACGGGCAGGUGUCCGCGUGGCGCAAAUCGCUCUUCACCGUACAGAUACGGGUGCAAGUACUUGGAAAUUUGAGACACCUCUUGCGCCCAACGCUUCCAAGAUGCGGUCCCAGGAGCCUGAGCACACCUGUACUGAUACCAAGCAGCCAUUCGACCCCGCCUGCAGAGGCAAUCGGGUCUUGACCCAUUUCCAGCGCAUGUCACCAACCUCCCUGAAACGGCAUCACAGGAAUCGAUGGCAGGGACGUUGGAAUGGUCUUGGUCUUCCUAGGCUGAUCAGACGCAGGCGAGUGGGAAUAAACGAAUCAAACUGCACUUUUGCAGCGGCCGACGCGAUCCCUGGUUGUCGAGGUCCCAUGUCCAAGGGGUACGAAUCAUCCGAAGCCACGGUUCCAAUAGCCUGGGACCGAUCGGCACCAGCGGUGUUAUUUCCAGGAGAUGGGGGCGGUCGAGUAGCUACCCUGGCCACCUUUGUCUGUUCCCCUUUGGCCCAAGUACUCUCCGGAUGGUUUCCCUGCAAUCUUUGUUCCGCAAGUUCCCAGCCCCGAAAGGCGUGGCGGCGUUGGAGCCACCCACCCGCGCUCGCAUGGACGGAUACAAUCACUCAUCAGUAAGAGUAUCAGUGACACGCCUGCCCAUAUCCUUAGCAGUCGAAAUUGGACUCGCGAUUCUUUCCAGCACGGUCAUGUUGGACCGAGACGAUGGACGGGCUAUGUCUUGGUCCCUGCCGGGUGAUUGGUCGUUGCUGGCUCGGUUCCACGACUUUCCCGCUUCUGCUCGGGGCUGCAUACC